AUGGCCCUUACUAGCCUUCUGUCGCUGCGGCGCGCCCGAACCCCCGUCCGUUUUCAGGUUAUGUCCGACCUCCAUCUCGAAGUCGGCCAGCAGUACGGCACCUUCGAAAUCGAACCAAAGGCCAGUAAUCUGAUCUUAGCCGGCGAUAUCGGUCGACUUGCGGAUUACCAACCUUUUCGCGAUUUCUUGUGCUCUGUGUGCCGCAAAUUCGAACGGGUCUUCUUAGUCCCGGGAAACCACGAGUUCUUUGAUAUCUCGCGGGAGCAAGCCCUGCAGCUGGUGGAUAAGCUGCAAAAUGACCCCGAACUAAUGGGCAAGCUGAUUGUGAUGAAUCGAAAACGGGUGGAUUUGGAGGAUGUCACCAUUUUAGGCUGUACUCUCUACUCGCAUAUACUCCCGGAAGCAGAGGAAAUAGUACGGACCAAAGUCGGUGACUUCCGUCGUAUUGUGGACUGGACAGUUGCCGACCACUUGGAAGAGCACGCAAGGGAUGUUGAAUGGUUGGAGAAUGAGAUUGGUUUGGUCCGACAAGCUGACUCCAACUCUGGACUCAAACGGAUCAUCGUUGUAGUUUCCCACCAUGCCCCCUUGACCAAAGGGACCUCGAAGCUCUCAAACGAGGCCAAUCCAUGGAGCUCAGCCUUUGCGACUGAUCUUAUUGGCAACAAGGACAAGCCGGCGUUUGAUGAUGUGCAGUGGUGGAUCUUUGGCCACACGCAUCAUUGCUCUGAAUUUGUUCAUAGGCAGGUAAAGCUUGUCAGCAACCAACGGGGCUACAUACGUUCGAACCGAGAUGAAAAUGAAGGAAUUGAAGUUUCUAGUAAUUUUACUUCAAAGAAACUGAAAACUUGGAACAACUCUAGUCCACCUGAGAAUGCCUUCAACCUUGAAAAGGUCAUCGAAGUAUGA